AAAAAGAUAAAAACAGAAAAAAAAAAUAGAAGAGCAAGAAGAGAAAAUAAAAGAAACAGAGAGAACAGAGAAAGAUCAUGGGUUCAGUGUCUGAAACCGUUUGUGUUACCGGAGCUUCUGGUUUCAUCGGUUCAUGGCUUGUCAUGAGACUCUUGGAGCAUGGCUACACCGUUCGAGCCACCGUGCGCGACCCAGCAAAUAUGAAGAAGGUGAAGCAUUUGCUGGAAUUACCAGGGGCGAAAGCCAAGUUGUCUCUGUGGAAAGCUGAACUUGGUGAAGAGGGAAGCUUUGAUGAAGCCAUUAAUGGGUGCACCGGAGUUUUCCAUGUCGCCACCCCCAUGGAUUUCGAGUCCAAGGACCCUGAGAACGAAGUGAUAAAGCCUACAAUAAACGGAGUAAUAGACAUAAUGAAAGCAUGCUUGAAGGCCAAAACAGUGAGAAGGUUGAUAUUCACAUCCUCAGCAGGAACAGUGAACGUUUCAGAGCCCAAAAAAGAUUUGUAUGAUGAAACUUGUUGGAGUGAUGUUGACUUCUGCCGAAGAGUCAAAAUGACUGGCUGGAUGUAUUUUGUUUCUAAGACACUUGCUGAGCAAGAAGCAUGGAAAUUUUCAAAGGAGCACAACAUGGAUUUCAUCACAAUUAUUCCACCUCUUGUAGUUGGCCCUUUUAUUAUGCCAACAAUGCCACCUAGCCUUAUUACUGCUCUUUCACCCAUCACAGGGAAUGAGGCACAUUAUUCAAUCAUAAAGCAAGGGCAAUUUGUGCACUUAGAUGAUCUUUGUCGUGCUCACAUUUUUCUAUUCGAGCAGCCAAAAGUUGAAGGGAGGUACAUUUGCUCUGCAUGUGAUGCCACCAUUCAUCAGAUUGCAAAGUUUCUUAACAAAAAAUAUCCAGAGUACAAUGUUCCCACAACGUUCAAGAAUAUUCCAGAUGAAUUGGAGCUUAUCAGAUUUUCUUCCAACAAGAUCAAAGAUUUGGGUUUCCAAUUCAAAUACACAUUAGAGAACAUGUACACUGGAGCAGUUGACACAUGCAGAGAAAAAGGCCUCCUUCCUAAUAAUAAUAAACUUGCAACUCCAGAAAAUGAUGAUGAAGCAUGCAAAGAUAUCAAGUGAUCCUUCCUAAUAUUAUUAAAACUACUGCAAAGAGGCAAAGACAACAAGAAUAAAUGGCAUAUCACACACAAAUGAAUAAAUAUAAGUCCAUAUCUUUGUGCUCUUGAUCAUGGUUUUUAAGAAGUCAGGGUUGUCUUUCAACAAGUCACCAAAUGGCAAAUGCUCUGUUUGAUUUUGAGUAUCACUUAUAUGUUAUAUUGAACUAUUUCUAUAUUGUGGU